UAUGAGGUUAGACAGUGGAUUAGCAAUGGAUAUACCCAUUUUUGUUAUGGAUGCAUUUACCAAUAUUCCUUUCAAGGGUAAUCCAGCAGCUGUGUGUUUGCUGCAAAAAGCAUUGCCAGAGGAGUUUUACCAAAAAAUUGCAACCGAGAUGAACUUGUCUGAAACAGCCUUUGUCAUUUGUCAAAAUGCAGCUGAUAGUUUCAGCACAGCAUCCCGUUUUAAUUUACGUUGGUUCACCCCCACUAAUGAAGUGAAACUAUGUGGACAUGCCACACUUGCUUCAGCAGCUACUCUAUUUUUCCACAAAAAAAAUACCAACCAGCAGGUUGUGUUUGAUACUCUGAGUGGUGAGCUGUGCAACCGCAUGCGUGGGGACAGCAUUGUGAUGGACUUCCCCCUAUACACAACCAUUUCCCAGGAUCCACAUGAGAUUGCAGACUUAAUUAAAGUUGUUGUGGGAGACUUGCCCUUAGGAGAUGUACGAUACAGUGAGGACACAAAAAAAUUGUUGUUGCGUCUUGCCGACACGUGUGACACGUCAGCACUGACAUCGCUGAGGCCAGACCCAGAGAAGAUGGUGACGAGUGAGCACACUGGCAAGGUAAAGGGUGUGAUUGUCACUAUGAGGGGCGCCCCUGAAUCCCAGCCAGGAUACGACUUCUUCUCCAGGUAUUUCGCACCCUGGAAUGGGAUUCCUGAGGAUCCAGUCACUGGAUCAGCACACUCUGUCCUUGCGAAAUAUUGGUCAGAGAAACUGGGGAAGCAGAGAUUGUUAGCCUACCAGAGCUCCAUGCGUGGAGGAGAGCUGGAGCUGGAGAUCAAGGGCCAGAGGCUGGACAUUGCAGGACGCGGUGUGUUUGUCCUUCAGGGAACAAUAGCCAUCUAGAUUUAGAUUAGGGGUAGGCAAACAGCGGCCUGCCAAGCAUUUAAUUAGGUUAUCAGGCUGCUCGCUAUUUUUUUCCUGCGAUAGAGACGAUGUUAGUUAGCUUUACUGCAAAUUGCUUUCCACUCUUCUUACAGAACGUCAAUGUCAAAACAUCAUGUUACAUUGCAGCAGGCCCACUGGCCAAUUUUCAAAACCCAAUGUGGCCCUUGAGCCAAAAAGUUUGCCCACCCAUGAUCUAGACCCAUCAUUGGAGGCUGAAAAAGCAAGGCCGUAUGCAUGGAGUCAACA